AAAAAUGCCGAUCCACAGACUCCCGAUCCAGUUUUAAAAAAAAGUCCGGUCCGUGUUUUCCAGCGCACCGAUUUAAAUAAUCCAUUCCACUUUUUUCUGUGUUGUUCCCUAAUAUCCGCUCCGCAUUUUCCAGCACACCAACACACGAGCGCAUCUCCUAACCCACAGGUGCAUAGACAUAAUAAUAAUAAUAUUAUGUCUAUGCACAGGUGUCCUAACCAUUAAGACGGCCAUUUGAAGUUACCGGUAAAGAUGUCGGCUGUGUGGGAUUACUUUACCCUAAAAGACGAAAAAGAUGAAGAGGUGGAGUGCAAAACUUGCCACAAUAAAGUCAAGCGUGGUGGUAGAGCUGUAAGGCAUUUUAAUACAACCAAUCUUAUUAAGCAUUUGGCGAAAUACCACCAUAAACAGCAUGAGGAGUUUUUAAAGAAAACAGAAGAAAAGAAAAAGAAAGGUCCAACACAACUUACUCUUGCACAAACGUUUGCAAAGCGUGACAUACUGCCACUGAACAGUGCUAAAGCCCAGGGAAUAACACGAGUCAUUGCCGAGGAAAUCAUUCUGGAUGACGAGCCAUUAUCUCUCGUGAGUAAAGUGGGAUUUAGACGCACCAUCCAGCACCUGGAACCACGGUACAACAUGCCCAGCCGUCAUUAAAUCCUUGAAAAAACGAUCCCCCAGAUUCACAAAGAUGUUACAGAUUACAUUACCAAACAGAUAGAGAGUGCAAAUUAUUUGAGUUUCACAACUGAUAUAUGGAGCUGUGAUCACCGUCCUUUGUCUUUAUUAAGUUUAACUGCACAUUGGAUUGGGCCGGAUUUCACCCCAAAGAGAGCUGUUUUACAUGCGCGCGAGUUUAGAGGCUCACACACAGCGAAUGCCAUCACAGACGCAAUGGAACAUAUGCUACGUGCUUGGAAGAUUGACAAAAAGAAGGUCCAUGUAAUUCAAAGAGAUAACGCGGCCAAUAUGAAAAAGGCAAUGGAACAGCUUGGAGUGCCCAGCCUGGGAUGUUUUGCGCACACCUUACAACUCGUUGUCCAACACGGUCUAUUGGCACAGCGAGCUGUAAGCGAUGCCAUCGCCAACGGGAGAAGAAUUGUGACCCACUUCAAACACUCCCCCAAGGCCUACGCGGAACUCGAGGAUGUUGAAGAAGAGUUGAAUGUUGAACCGAAGCGUUUGCAACAGGACGUUAAAACCAGAUGGAGCAGUACGAAGAUGAUGAUCGACAGCCUUGUGCAUUGUAAGCGGGCGCUGCAGGCCUAUGUAUCGGAUAGCGACAGCAAUUUGCCAGUCACAUUAACAGGCAACCAAUGGUCGCUGCUAGAGAAAACGGCGACAGUUCUUAAACCCUUUCAAGAGCUGACAGCCCAGGUCAGUGCAGCCUCCGCCACAGCAGCUGAUGUUAUCCCAUUUGUCCGUGUCCUGACACGCUUUCUGGACAGUGAGAGCGAAGAACACCGAGGGAUUCAAACCAUGAAGGCCACAUUACUCGAUGCGGUUCACACACGUUUUGACCAUGUGGAAACGGAACCCCUCUAUGGCGUGGCAACAAUGCUAGAUCCACGCUACAAAGACAAGUUCCUCACUGCUACCAACCUGGAUCAGGCAAAGGAGGCACUAAAGGUAGAGGUGAUGAAAAUGGAACAAGAACUGAAGACCAUGCCCUCUGGGGAAGGUGUGGCUGAGGCUGAGACAGCAAGGCAAACACCAGAAAUGGAGGCUGGAAGCUCAACCAGCAGCCUGGGCAGCUACUUUGACGAGAUACUGGAGGAGAGCGGCACAGCAGGUCCGUCUGAGCAGCAGAUCACCCCAGGGGCACUGUUUCAGUUGGAGAGCUACCUCAGUGAGCCUCCACUUGGGCGUAAGCACAAUCCUUUUCAAUACUGGAGAGACAAUCAGGCUCGACUACCCACCCUGGCAGCAACAGCAGCCAAGUUUCUCAGUGCUCCUUGCACCAGCGUUGAGAGCGAGAGGCUUUUUAGCGCAGUCUCACUCAUCAUUGAUGAACACAGGAGCAGGCUGACACCUGAGCAUCUUGAAAUGCUCGUCUUUGUAGAAUCUCCCCAUCAUGCUCGGACUGCAGCCAGGGCAUACAGUUGAAGGGAGUGUGUAGAUUGAGAUGGAGCAGCAAAGUGUGGAGGAGAUUGGGGAGUAGAAGUCAUUUUUGUUUUUAAAUAGUUCACAAUAUUAUUUGCACUGAUUGUUUUUAAAGCCUUGGUUUACACUUGUUCAAGAGCAGAGUACUGAUGCUGAGUUACUAGACUAUUUUCUACUCAGGUUGUUUGUGUGAUUUGCUUUCUUAAUACAGUUUACAGUAUUAUUUGUAAUGUAAAUGGAGACUGCUAAUGAGCCUCUUUUAUGUCCCUUUUCUCUCUCUGUCUCCACACUAAUUCACUGAUUUGGCUAAUUGGUGCCCACACUCUUUCAGACCCAAACCUGUCAUUACAGUGUCACUACAUCACACAUUUUAUGUACAGGGACAGCAAAUGUGUGUGUCUGUGCUCUGUCCCUUUGGUGUAUGCUUGUAUUUGUAUGUGCUGUCCCUUUUGUGAGUUCAGCCUGUGUACCUCUCUGAGAUCAUUUAUCUCGUCACAUAAGUACAGGCACCCAACGUACAUGUCUUUCACUGUAUUUGUGAACGUGCAUUUGCACUUUACACUGGAAGUGCACGUCUGUGUGACUGUUUGUGUUUGAGUUUGUGUUUGAGUGUUGCAGGGUGCGGGUGUUUGUAUACUGUACUCUAAGAGUGUGAGUGAACUGUGUACAGUUUACAGUAUUAUUUGCACUUUUUACUGUUAAUUGAUGCCAUUUCUGUUUGUUAUUUAUAAUUUUGUCAAUUUUGUGUUUAUCCCUGAAUAAACAGGAAAACUCUUUUCAA